GCGGAGUGGGGCGAGCGCCGGGCCACCAUGCCGCGCUCAUUCCUCGUUAAGAGCAAGAAGGCUCACAGCUACCACCAGCCGCGCUCCCCCGGACCAGACUAUUCCCUCCGUUUGGAGAAUGUACCGGCUCCCGGCCGGGCAGACAGCACUUCGAGUGCAGGCGGGGCGAAGGCGGAGCCCCGGGACCGUUUGUCCCCCGAGUCGCAGCUGACCGAGGCCCCCGACAGAGCCUCCACGUCCCCGGACAGCUGCGAGGGCAGCGUCUGCGAUCGGAGCUCGGAGUUUGAGGACUUCUGGAGGCCUCCGUCGCCCUCCGUGUCUCCAGCCUCGGACAAGUCGAUGUGCCAGUCGCUAGAAGAAGCCCAGCCCUUCCACCUGCCCUUCAAGCCGUAUUCGUGGAGCAGCCUGGCGGGUUCUGACCUGCGGCACCUGGUGCAGAGCUACCGGCCGUGCGCGGCCCUGGAGCGCGGUGCCGGCCUGGGCCUCUUCUGCGAGCGCACCCCGGAGCCGGGCCAUCCGGCCGCGCUGUACGGCCCGGAGCGGGCUGCGGGCGGCGUGGGGGCCGGGGCGCCAGGGAGCUGCAGCGCAGGGGGCGGCGCCGUUGCCGGCGCGGGCCUGGGGCUCUACGGCGACUUCGGGCCCGCAGCUGCCGGGCUGUACGAGCGGCCGACGGCAGUGGCGAGCGGGCUGUACUCAGAACGUGGCCAAGGGCUGCACGCGGACAAGGGCGCUGGCGUCAAGGUGGAGUCCGAGCUGCUGUGCACACGCCUGCUGCUGGGCGGCGGCUCCUACAAGUGCAUCAAGUGCAGCAAGGUGUUCUCCACGCCGCACGGGCUCGAGGUGCACGUGCGUAGGUCCCACAGCGGCACGAGACCCUUUGCCUGCGAGAUGUGCGGCAAGACCUUCGGGCACGCGGUGAGCCUGGAGCAGCACAAAGCCGUGCACUCGCAGGAACGGAGCUUUGACUGUAAAAUCUGUGGCAAGAGCUUCAAAAGGUCAUCCACACUGUCCACACACCUGCUCAUCCACUCAGACACCCGGCCCUAUCCUUGUCAAUACUGUGGCAAGAGGUUCCACCAGAAGUCAGACAUGAAAAAACACACCUUCAUCCACACAGGUGAGAAGCCCCACAAGUGCCAGGUGUGUGGCAAGGCAUUCAGCCAGAGCUCCAACCUCAUCACCCAUAGCCGCAAACACACAGGCUUCAAGCCCUUCGGCUGUGACCUGUGUGGGAAGGGCUUCCAGAGGAAGGUGGACCUCCGGCGGCACCGGGAGACACAGCAUGGGCUCAAGUGA